AACACGCACGUAGCAGAAUGGCGUAUGGGAAAAUGCGGCAGAAACUGUUUGUUUUUUUCACAUGCAUUAUUUUAAUAGAGUGCCGAAGUGUGCUAGAAUUAUCUGGAACACAAGAAGCAAACGAUGGAGGGAGCGGGAUUAUAUCAGAACAAUCUAUGUCAGACCACGAGGGAAUUGUUGAGUCAUUGGCUAAUUUUGAGCACCUUGGUGACGACCCCAGUGUCGCAGGGCAACUAGUCAGUUCUUCUGAAGCAGCCUGGGAUGCCAUGUCUCCAAAAUUGAGGUGUGGUGAUGAUCUCAUGAAGUUGCAACUUAGUGGUCCAGAAGUAGCACAAAUUGAGCUUUGUCGAGGUAAUGGUGCACCUGUUCCCAUUUCCAAGUUGCCACCUCACUGUGGACACACCAUUCCCACUUACGGAGGUCUUGUCUAUGCUACACCCUAUGAUGGAUGUGGUAUCAUGCAACAGGGAGGGAGUUAUGUGAUGCAGAUGCAAUGGCAGGGAAACUAUGCAGUCAUUUCUUGUCCUAUGAUCUCUACAACUGCAAAUGAAACCUUCCUUGGUCCUCUUACUCCUGCAUAUCUGCAGAUUCUACUGCCUCAUUCUCCUCUUGAUCACCAACAUGGCAAACCAAAGCCUCCAGAGAAACCAAUUCUAACCUCUAUCCCCAGCGACACAUCAGUUGCCCAAGCACCAAUCCAGAAGCCUCAACUUCCAGGAUACCCCCAGGACUUUUGGCCAUAUUACCAUCAAGGCAAACCAAAAUCCCCUAAGGAACCAGUUCUAACCUCUAUCCCCAGUGACACAUCAGUUGACCAAGCACCAACCCAGAAGCCUCAACUUCCAGGAUACCCCCAGGACUUGUGGCCGUAUUACUACCACCAUCAUCAUCAUGGCAAACCAAAGCCUCCAGAGAAACCAAUUCUAACCUCUAUCCCCAGCGACACAUCAGUUGCAUCAGUCCAGAAGCCUCAACUUCCAGGAUACCCCCAGGACUUUUGGCCGUAUUACCAUCAUGGCAAACCAAACCCCCCUAAGGAACCAGUUCAAACCUCUAUCCCCAGCGACACAUCAAUUGACCAAGCACCAGCCCAGAAGCCUCAUCUUCCAGGAUACCCUCAGGACUUUUGGCCGUAUUACUACCAUCAUCAUCAUGGCAAACCAAAGCCCCCUAAGGAACUAUUUCCAAUCUCUUUCCCCAGUGACGCAUCAGUUGCUCAAGCACCAGCCCAGAAGCCUCAACUUCCAGGAUACCCCCAGGACCUUUGGCCAUAUUACUACCCUCAUCAUAAUCCUCGUCGUCAUCAUCAUCAUGGCAAACCAAAGCCCCCAGAAAUACCAGUUCCAAUCUCAAUCCCCAGUGACACAUCAGUUGCUCAAGCACCAGCCCAGAAGCCUCAAUUUCCAGGAUACCCCCAGGAUUUUUGGCCGUAUUACUACCCUCAUCAUAAUCCUCAUCAUCAUCAUCAUCAUCAUCAUCAUGGCAAACCAAAGCCCUCAGAAAUACCAGUUCCAAUCUCGAUACCUAGUGACACAUCAGUUUCUCAAGCACUAGCCCAGAAGCCUCAACUUCCAGGAUACCACCAGGACUUUUGGCCGUAUUACUACCAUCAUCAUCAUCAGCAGCAGCAUGGCAAACCAAAGCCCCCAGAGAUACCAGUUCCAAUCUCGAUCCCCAGUGACACAUCAGUUGGUCAAGCACCAGCCCAGAAACCUCAAAUUACAGGAUACCCCCAGGACUUUUGGCCGUAUUACUACCCUCAUCAUAAUCCUCAUCAUCAUCCUCAUCAUCAUCAUCAUCAUCAUGGCAAACCAAAGCCCCCAGAGAUACCAGUUCCAAUCUCGAUCCCGAGUGAUGCAUCAGUUGCUCAAGCACCAGCCCAGAAGCCUAAACUUCCAGGAUACCCCCGGGGCUUUCGGCCAUAUUACCAUUAUGACAAACCAAAUUCCCCAGAGAUACCAGUUCCAACCUCUAUGCCCACCACAUCAGUUUCUCAAGCACCAGCCCAGAAGCCUCAACUUCCAGGAUACCCCCAGGACUUUGGGUCAAAUUACUACCCUCAUUACCAUCAUGGCAAACCAAAGCCCCCAGAGAAACCAGCUCCAGCCAUCCCCAUUGCCUCCCCAUCAAGCUCACCAGCAACAUCCCAGAAGCUGCAACCCCCAAUGUACCCUGGAGAUAUAUAUCAUCUUUAUUUGCAACAGCUUUAUUCGCAAUACCCAGUUCAACCUCCCAAAAACCCUACCAUGCCACCUAUAACUACCACCCCUCAACCCUGUACUACUACUGUAGCCGCUGAAUGCAUACCAUCAGCCAACCAGCCUCUCAAUGACCCACUCCAAUACUAUAUACAACUUGGUUCAAUGUUUUCUGAAAAAGACCCUAUCGCACUUCAUUUUGUGGACUUUUCAGAGAUUGCAGCUGACUCUUUCCCGUGA